GCAAAAAAAACCUCUCCUUAAAAUGAGGCCAGCUAUGCAUUAUCCGUUGAUACGGGAUUCCGCAGUGACAGUGAAUACCAGCGCUACGAAAGGGGGGGUAAGAAAUGGGAUGAACUUUGAAAACAAAAGUUCCGCUAACCCUGCCAGAUUGCUCAAACACGCUAAAAGAUGGGAAGACAGAAUCCUCGGUAUCUCCGAAACAGCAGUAUCGCUGAGUUCUUCGGAGGACCAUUUGUGCAUGUGGGAUGGGGUGCACUGGCGCGAGGUGGGGGCGUUCAUCGUGCGCGGGGCGGAACCGGCCCAAAUCCAGCUCCCAUCAACGCAGGAACGCGCGAUGUGUGGAACUAUCCUCCCCAACAUCCUCAUCCGUGUCGACAUCUUCCAUCUCCUCUACCCAGACCCGGUCCCAUCGGACAUGGGCAGGGGCGGUUUCGAUAUUGUGGGACAGCGGUAAACAGGCGCUGGGGGAGUGCUGCCCAGUGAACACGUCGCUGCGGUGCGGCGGGUGCAGGCUUGUCUUUGAAACUCGUAUGGGGGUUUCGUGGGGAGUCGAGCGAACGAAUGGAUCCCGUGGUUCGCCGGUUAGUCCUUUCUACGGCGAAGGGUGGGGGGCUCUCGAGGAUCUGCCGGCUUUGGGUCCAAGAACGGGGUGGCAAAACAUCGUAAAGACAGACAGUGGUUUGCCACAUCUCAUAAGCGUCAACUUGUUGCUUUGUGUUCGAACUGGGGUGGGUCGUGAUCUUGAUGCACCCACGGCGAUUUCGGGUGCGUCGUUGUUUGGACACCACUUCCCUUUCUUCGGUCGGCCUCCCUUAUGUGUCAUUGGCGGUUUAUUGACGAUCGUCCCCUCUGCGACGAGCUUGCUCCUGCGGGCGUCGAGGAGGAGUCUUGUACGAUCACCUCGUUGGGUGUCUUGUACACGAGUACGCUGAUCAGCGAGACCGGACUAGGUUCGACAGAGAUCGAAGGGAGGGGGCUUGAACGGAGGCCUGUAUGAGCGGUAUGAUCUCCCCUUCCAGCUUCAAUCAUCAUAAAAUGGCAAGCUCGCAAUAUCAUCUCGUACAAUCCAAGUCCCGGUGGAUGGCGUUCCGUUCCCCACGAUCGGAUGGAGGGAUAAAACGAUCUGUCCGGACAUGCGUGCGAGGAGUGGGG